AUGAAGUCCCGGCGACCCAGCUGCACCGACUCUGGAUCCGAGUCCUCGGAACCAGACUCCAAGAGCCCAGAGAAAUACGAGACCAUCACGAGGCGACGGAAUGCUGCCAAUGCCAGAGAGAGGAAGAGGAUGCAGGGUCUGAACACAGCCUUCGACUGCCUACGUAAAGUGGUCCCCCAGUGGGGCCAGGACAAAACACUGUCCAAGUAUGAAACCCUGCAGAUGGCCCUCAGCUACAUCAUGGCCCUCAACCGGAUCCUGACAGACGCCAGGAGACACAACGCUCCUCACAGGCAGUGGCUGGACCUGCAGUUUGACUGCGUGCAGCCUGAAAAUUACCCCUGCCUCGUGAGGUACGACUCUCCCACUGAUCAGGACUACAUCCACUCGUCGUUCACAUAUCCAUUCGAUGGCCACCAGGUCCACGCAUAA